AUGGCCGACGUUAACCUCGCCACCCUCGAGGGCUUCCUGGAGAAGCAUCCGGACAUCCCCUAUGCAACCCCUUCCUCCCCAAACUACACGUCCCUACGAAAGAUCUUUGCCCGUGAUCAAGACGCUAUUCCACUAGCAAUUGUACGUCCCCAAUCGGCAACUAAUGUUUCUGCCCUAGUCAGAUUUGCAGUCUCCAACUCUAUCAAAUUCACAAUCCGUACUGGCGGCCACAAUCUCUCCGGAGCUGCCUUCGCCCAGGAUGCCUUGGCUAUCGACAUGCGGGAUAUAUCAUAUGUUAAGAUCUCAGGUGACAAGAACACGGCAGCGAUUGGCGGAGGUAUUUUGCAAUCUGAUCUUGCCACGGCUUUGGAUAAAGAGGGAUUGGCCACACCUAUUGGAGCCGUGGGCUCUGUUGGAUAUAUUGUUGGUGCUAGGCUCGUGAACGCUGAAGGAGAUGUGAUUGAUGCCGAUGAGCGGUUAUUAAAGGGACUCCGAGGCGGCGGGGGUCUGUUUGGUGUUAUCGUCGAGCUCGAGAUCAAGGUUUAUCCACUGAAGAAAGUUCUGACAGGAUCCCUGAUCCUCGAUUCUCAAGAUCUCACCAGCACUUUCAAGAAGUUCAACGCUGGCUACCUGGAACUUUCAGCAAAGGGAAUGCCUGCUGAGUUGGUAGUACAGCAAUUGAUUCUCAACACUCCCAAGGGUAAAGCCAUGUGUAUCGCUCUCAUGUGGAGCUCCGAAGAUAUCGAAACCGGACAGGCGUGGGUGCAAACAAUCGGGGCGCUAGCAACAGUUGUCAUGAACACCAUUACCGUGUCGACUGUUCCUAAAUAUUUGCAAGGAAAUGCUGCGUUGGUCCCCGAGAGUGUUCAUGGAGAAGGCUACACACACAGCUUUCGAAGGAUCACGAGCGAAGUAGCCGACGUCAUUGCUGACAGCUUGGUGACAAUGGCCGAAGAUCCUGGUUGCAUGUUUGUAGUUCACGAACUGAAAGGUGCAUCGGCAACUUCUCACACCAAUUCCGUGUUCGGUACACGAGUUGAACACUUCAUGCUAGAGAUCAUAGGCUACGCCCUCGAUAUUAAGAACAGAAAAACUGCGGUAACUUGGGCUGAUGAAACUUGGGUAGCCCUUGGCAAAACCGAGAGCGGUAAUCUGCUACCAGGUACAUACAUUUCAUUGGACCGACCUGUCGCGAAGCCAGACACGGCGCCUCUGUCGAGGUUUUAUGGUUCGAAUUGUCUAGAUGUUCUGGCGCUGAAGCAGGAGUAUGAUGCGAAAGAUGUCUUCUCAUAUGCGGUGCCUCAACUCAAGAAUUAUGUGUAG